AACUUGCUCUCUUGUUGCUGCAGUAAUUCAUCCGCUUGGACACAUUGCUCCGUGUUUACAUCAACCUACCUCCAGCCAUGCCAUAUAUUAAAACAUCUAAGAAAAGCCCUCCAGUCUCCACAUUGUUAGAUAUUAAGUCUCAGAAAUGUGGACUGCGGCACACAGUUUACUCAGUCAGUGGAAAUGAGUACACUGGGGAGUGGCAGAACAACAAGAAGCACGGCAAAGGGAUUCAGAUUUGGAAGAAUUCUGGUUCCAUUUAUGACGGAGAGUGGAAAUUUGGAAAACGUGAUGGACAUGGCACCUACAGUGUGCUACUCCCAAAAUCAAAGGCGUAUGCAAGGAAGUACUGUGGUGGAUGGAAAAAUGGAAAGAAGCAUGGGUAUGGUGAGUACUUUUACAACAACUCUUCAGUUUACGAGGGCGAGUGGAGUGACGACCAACGCAGCGGCUGGGGAAGGAUGUACUAUGAGAACGGAGACGUCUAUGAGGGAGAGUGGAUGAAGGAUAGCAAUCACGGACAAGGAGUUUUACGAUUUUCAAAUGGUAACUGGUAUGAAGGAACCUGGCAAGACGGCAAGAAGAACGGCAACGGAAAGCUCUACUAUUCCGACAAAGGCCAGCUUUAUGUAGGCUUUUGGGUGGAUGGAGUAGCAAAAUGUGGGACCCUAACUGACUUUGGGAGGGAUGAAGCACCAACACCUGCGAAGUAUCUGAUCCCAAAGCUACAUCUGGUGGACAUGGAGUUGGUUUUAAGGGACGCCAAAUCAGCCUUGAUAGCCAACGAGAAGCAAGUUUCCACUCCAGCACAUGAUAAGGAGUAAAUAAAAGAA